AAAUUGUUCUGCUUAAUACGGAUUCAAAUACUAAAUCAUUACAGAUCCAAUAUGUCGCUGACAUAGUGACUGUCUGGGCAUUUGGUUUUACGAAACUCAGCAUUCUCUACUUCUACCGCAGCAUUUUCUGCAGUAGACGGACCAUUCGGACUGCCUUCCACUCUGUGACCAUGUGCAUGAUUGUGCUAGUCUCGGUGUGGACUGUAGCCUUUGAAGUUGGUACAAUCUUUAUCUGCGGUGCCCAUCCCGUGAACGCCUGGGGGACUAUUGCAGUUGUUACAACCGAAUGCAGUCUACAGGUCCCGAUCGUCGAGGGAUAUGCAAUUUCUGAUUUUAUCAUGGACGUGAUUAUAUGGAUGCUACCACUGCCACGGAUAUGGUUGUUGAACAUCUCCGUUCGCCAAAAGAUGGCACUUGGGCUAGUCUUUCUCGUUGGUCUCUUGGCAAUCGCAGCUUCUGCGACACGGAUGGCUAUCUACAUCGCUCAUCUUAUCAACCCCUUUGCUCAAUCAGAUGGAGAAACACUCGUCACAUACCUCUUGUUCUGGACCAUGAUAGAAUGCGGUCUCGGUGUCAUCGUUAUCUGCCUCCCUUCUCUGCGGCCAAUGUAUAAAAAACGCGAGUUGAAUUCUCUAAUCAACAGUUUCAAAAGAUACCUAUACCGAAAUCCCACGUCGACAACAUCGAGCGCUUUACGAAACAACAGCCUAAACGGCUUGACAAAUUCAAACUCGUCUAAUGUGAACCUUGUUAGACCAUGGCACCCCGGGCCAACAACAUCUCCUGCUGUUGGGCACAAUGCUUCGAUGGCCCAACAUCCGUCAAACACAGAGCAAAGAAUUCAGGUCACGAGGGAGAUAGAACUAAUAAGGCUAGACUCGAGCUAAUGUACGGUGACUUGGCUAGGAGGUAGAAGGUAGCACAACCCUUGUCAAUUUGAUCGCUAGUACUCAGUACCUAACCAAUCCUGGGUUACGGG